AUUUUUUUUGGACAUCAUCGUCAUCACUUGCCACUUUAAUUAUUAAUCUCAUAAUUUGUAAUGGAACAAGAGUACUCCCCUUCAUUUCUCUCAACAAAGAGGUAUGCUGUUGUUACAGGUGGAAACAAGGGGAUUGGGAUUGAAAUAUGCAGACAAUUAGCUUCAAAUGGCAUCAAGGUUGUGUUAACUGCCAGAGAUGAAAAGAGGGGUCUUGAAGCUGUUGAGAAACUGAUCAAAGAAUCAAAUUUCACUCGUGAAGACCAUGUCGUUUUUCACAGGCUUGAUGUCGUUGACCCUGAUAGCAUUGCUUCUUUGGCAGAUUUCAUCAAAACCCAGUUCGGGAAGCUUGACAUUUUGAUAAAUAAUGCAGGAAUUGCUGGGGGUACACUUGAUUCUUAUGGUUAUGCACAAGCCACUGAGCUUGCUGGUGGUAAUUGGCCAGAGAACGGCAACUGGAAUGAGAUCAUGACCCAGAACUAUGAAUCGGCUGAAGAAUGCCUAAAAACAAAUUAUUACGGAGCCAAAGCAACGAUCGAAGCACUUCUUCCGCUCCUCCAAUUGUCUGAUUCACCCAGAAUCGUCAAUGUCUCAUCCUCCAUUGGCCUGUUGCAGUACAUGCCAAAUGAAUGGGCCAAAAACAUGUUGAGCGAUGUUGAUAAGCUAAGAGAAGAGCGAAUCGAUGAGGUAGUGAGUGAGUUUCUGAAAGAUUUCAAACAAGGUAACUUAGAAGCCAAGAAAUGGCCUACAGAAAUUUCGGGCUACAAAGUUUCGAAAGCUUCCCUUAAUGCCUACCAAAGGAUUUUGGCCAAGAAAUACCCUCACAUCUGCGUUAACUGUGUGUGCCCUGGCUACGUCAAAACUGAUAUCACUUGCAAUACUGGCCAGUUGGUUGCUGCCGAAGGUGCUGAAAGUCCGGUGAUGCUGGCCUUGUUGCCCCACGCCAAGCCUUCUGGCUUGUUCUUUUCCAGGAAGCAAGUCUCCCCUUUCUGAUGUGAUCAAUUUGUUGAUGCACGUCAAUUAUGUUCAAGUUUUAUAACUACAAAUUAUAAAGCAACUUGUGAUGAUUGUACGCACUCACUAUAUAUAUAUAUCU